AUUUUUCUGUUGAAUUUCCGCAGCGAAUUAAACGGUAGUGAUGGGGAUACUCGAGAAAAUAUCAGAAAUUGAGAAAGAAAUCGCUCGGACGCAGAAAAAUAAAGCUACGGAGUAUCACCUCGGAGUGCUGAAGGCUAAGUUAGCGAAAUAUCGUCAACAGCUCCUUGAGCCAACCGGGAAGAAAGGGGAGAAGGGUGAGGGAUUCGAUGUGCUGAAAUCUGGUGAUGCCCGUGUCGCACUGAUAGGAUUUCCAUCCGUCGGAAAAUCGACCUUAUUGAGUACCCUGACGGACACCCACAGUGAAGCAGCUUCCUACGAGUUCACGACUUUGACUUGUAUCCCUGGCGUCAUAAGCUAUAAUGGGGCCAACAUUCAGUUGCUGGAUCUUCCGGGAAUCAUAGAAGGUGCUGCGCAGGGCAAAGGUCGAGGUAGGCAAGUUAUAGCUGUCGCAAGAACCGCGGAUUUGGUGCUUAUGAUGCUCGAUGCGACGAAGGGCCAUGUUCAACGAGGCCUACUCGAAGCUGAGUUGGAAUCAGUAGGAAUUCGUCUCAACAAACCGAAGCCCAACAUUUAUUUCAAGUUGAAGAAAGCCGGAGGAAUUUCCUUCAACGCCACGUGCAUACUAUCGAAAAUCGACGAGAAGCUGGUGCAGAUGAUCCUUCACGAAUAUAAAAUAUUCAAUGCCGAGGUGCUUUUCCGAGAGGAUUGUACUGCGGACGAGCUGAUCGACGUGAUCUGCGCAAAUCGAGUUUACUUGCCGUGUUUGUACGUUUACAACAAAAUAGAUCAAGUAUCUAUGGAAGAAGUAGACCGGUUGGCGAGGAUGCCGAAUACAGUCGUCGUUAGCUGCAAUAUGAAAUUGAACUUGGACUAUCUACUGGAAACUGUGUGGGAAAUGUUAGCCUUGGUCAGGGUUUACACGAAGAAGCCCGGUCAACCGCCGGAUUUCGACGAUGGCUUGAUUUUGCGGAAAGGAUGUAAUGCGGAACACGUUUGCCAUGCAAUUCAUCGAACGAUUGUAGCAACUUUCAAGUACGCGCUAGUUUGGGGGACCAGUACCAAGUUCAACCCCCAGCGAGUCGGACUGAACCAUGUAAUGAACGACGAAGAUGUGAUCCAGAUUGUGAAGAAGUGAUCUGGUCUCAUUGCUUGCGUGUUGAUCCAGAGACGUUUUCUUGUUGUCAAGGAAUAAAUCCUUGCUUUUGCCAACAA